AUGUUUAUGUUUGGUACAAACCCGAUAUGGCGCUCAAUCAUCAGAGAUGUGGCUCGGAUGGCUAUGAUACAGGUUCUAAUACAAUGUAUACUAUCGGCCCCUAAUUCAAACAGGCGCGGCGGCGCGCACGAGAACGGCUCAGCGAGGAAGAGGGCACCUGCGCAGAAGAGGGCGUUACGAGGAAGCCCUCAGGGCAUCGAAGUGGGCAAGGAAAAGGGCGGCGACGACGGCACUGGAGCGGAAGAGGGCGAUGGCGUCGACAACGACAACGGCGAGGAGGGCAUGGGCGAGGAGGAGGAGGCAGACACGGCGACGGAAGAACUGGCCGAUAUCGCAGGGAUGAUGGAAAUUCGAAGGCAAGGAAGAAGGCGCCCAAAUUCUGGACAGCGGCCAGAUGGCGCACGCGGUCUAUUUGUGCGAGACAAACAGAGGCUGACAAGCGGCUCAUGA